AUGGUGAACCUGGAGUCUGUGCACGCAGAGAUCAAGAUGAGCGGUGAUGCGGCAGAUUCCACAGAUACUCGGCAUGAACCUGACCAGGUGGAGCCAGGAAAUGAACAGAAUGGGCUGGACUUUAACAGGCAGAUUAAAACCGAAGACCUCAGCGAUUCCUUGCAAUCUACAAUCCCCUCUAGGUCAGGUCAUCUUGUGCAGGGUUCAUCGAUGAUGCCUGGAAGCCAAAUCACAGGGGAUAUGAGCUCUCUUCACACCCUGCAGCAGCUUGUAUUGCUUCCUGGUCAUAUGCAGUCAGUUCCUCAGUUUCUUCUAUCUCAGUCUCAGGCUGGGCAACAAGCUUUGCAGCCAAACAUCCUCUCCUUCCCUCAGCAACAGGGCAGCCUUCUCCUCUCCCAGCCGGGACCCAGCCUGGCAUCACAGGCUGUGGGCCGUUCUGGACUCCCUGGCUCAUCAGUUGAACCCCACCUGGAUGUACCUCAGCAUUUGCAAGUGGCAAAGCACCUAACUCCAUCAGGAGCAUCUGAGGAACCCAGCGACCUGGAGGAACUGGAAAAGUUUGCUAAGACUUUCAAACAAAGGCGAAUCAAAUUGGGGUUCACGCAGGGUGACGUUGGACUUGCCAUGGGGAAGCUCUAUGGCAAUGAUUUCAGCCAGACCACCAUUUCCCGCUUUGAGGCUCUCAACCUGAGCUUUAAGAAUAUGUGCAAGCUCAAACCCCUGCUGGAGAAGUGGCUGAGUGAUGCAGAAUCUGCUCCUUUGGAUUCUUCUAUGAGCACUCCCAGUUCCUACCCCUCAGUGAAUGAGAUGUUUGGGCGGAAAAGAAAGAAGCGAACCAGCAUUGAGACCAACAUUCGCUCCACGCUGGAGAAAAGAUUUCAAGAUAACCCCAAGCCCAGUUCGGAGGAGAUAUCCUUGAUAGCAGAGCAGCUGUCCAUGGAAAAGGAGGUGGUUCGGGUCUGGUUCUGCAACCGGCGCCAGAAGGAAAAACGGAUCAGCUGCCCAAUGCCAUCCCCCAUCAAAUCACCUAUCUACAAUUCCAGACUGGUCUCUACCUCAGGGUCCUUGGGGCCCCUCUCUGUCAACCCGGUGCAUAGCACCAUGCCUGGGACUGUAACGUCAUCGUGUUCCCCAGGGAAUUCCAGCAGGCCCUCGUCCCCUGGCAGUGCACUCCAUGCCAGCAGCCCCAGCACAGCCCAGAGCAACUCCAAAGCUGCAAUGAACUCUUCGGGUUUCAACUCUUCAGGAUCUUGGUACCGAUGGAAUCAACCUACCUACCUCCACUGA